CCCAGCGCCCCGCCUCCCACAGGCGGCAGCCAUGGCGGCCUGGCGGGUCCCGGUGUCCGCGGGCGCUGCGCUCGGGUGGCUGCCGUCCGCCGCCCCGCCGCCAGAACCGCCCCGGGUCGGAGAAGCGUUCCGACAGCGCCUCAGCUUCACCCUCUGCUCCGCUUAGCAGGGAGACCGCAGCGGCUCCGGGCCCGACUCGCAAGGCGGGCCGGAGGGAGCAGCGAGGCGUCCGGCGAGCAAAGAGUUAACAGCGGCGGAGCGGAGGAUCUCGGAGCUUCAAGCCGCCGCCUGCGCGGCUGGCGGGCUGAACUACGUGGACCCAGCUACUGGCUACAUGGUGCUCACCCGGCUGGCCCACUUGCAGAGAGGCAGAUGAUGCGUCUCUACCUGCAGACACUGUCCAUGUGGUCAAGUCAAUGUUAAAGAUCCAUCUAAAAAGAAGCAGUUCAAUUCAUAUUUUUAUGUUUGAGAAGAAUUUCAUUUCUGUUCUCCAUCUAAUUGAGCCUUAUUAAAAAAAUAAAUAAAACCUUAAUCCAGAAUUGCUUUCUGUGCUGUUAGUACUUGAGCACUAGUUUAAUCUUAAACGUAAGCAUAUAUUAAUCUUAAUCUUAAACAUGUAUUAAAAG